AAUGGACUAUAAUGGGUGGUUUUCUCCUGACCGGCUGAUAUUGUUUACUCAUUAACAGCUUCUCCCUCCUUUGUGUCUCUCUUCUUCUACCUCUGAAUCAUCACACUCUGACUGAGCAACUGAAAUACCGCCUUCUCUUCACAAGCAAUCAAAGCUCCAUCUAAAAUGGGCCGAGAUUCACCAGACGAAGACGAAGAUCGCGAGAUCUUGAUUCACCAAAACAACACCAAGCACCGUGAACCACAUUCCACAUUGCGCAUUGACGACUCCGCCCCACCAACACGGCGUCAUUCCGGUGUUAAUUUCAGCAGUCUUAAUAAAAGGUACCUUUUUGCUAUCUUCCUUCCAGUCCUCAUCCUCAUCCUUUAUGUCUCCGUCGAUCUCCAUGGUCUUUUCCCCGCGAAUGUUGCAAAAGUCAGACUCGAUUCCGCCGGCGACUCCAUGCACGAGUCUGAGCUACGCGCUUUGUAUUUACUUAAACAGCAGCAAUCUCAGCUCGUCGCGAUGUGGAACCAAUCAUUUUUUAAUAUUAAUAAUUCCAUUAGUAAUCAAAAUUCUUAUCGAUUCUUUCAAGACGCUAAAUCGAUUCUUCUCAAUCAGAUUUCUCUGAACAAACAGAUUCAGCAAGUUCUUUUAUCUCCUCAUAAAACUUCAAACUUCUCGCAAAACGAUGAUGCUUGGAACCCGGCCUUUGGUCCCGACGGCUGUAGAAAGAAAGAUUCAUGGGCUACAGAUAGAAGAACCAUUGAAUGGAAUCCAAAGCAAGAUAAAUACUUGUUCGCGAUUUGUUUGUCGGGCCAAAUGUCUAACCAUUUGAUUUGCUUAGAAAAGCAUAUAUUUUUCGCGGCUGUGUUAGGCCGUGUUUUGGUGAUGCCCAGUUUUAGGGUUGAUUAUCAGUUUAGUAGAGUUCUCGAUAUCGAGCACAUAAACAAAUGUGUUGGCAGAAAAGUAGCGGUGUCAUUUGAAGAGUUUGAAGAAUCGAGAAUAAACCAUCUCCACAUUGAGAAAUUUAUCUGUUAUUUCUCUUCGCCACAGCCUUGUUAUAUCGAUAAGGAGCAUAUGAAGGAGUUGAAACUGUUAAAACUUUAUAUUGGAAAGAUUGAGACUCCUUGGGAGGAGGAUGUCAAGAAGCCGAGUAAAAAAACAAUUCAAGAUAUUGAGGCAACGUUUAAGAGUGAUGAUGAUGUGAUUGCCAUUGGUGAUGUGUAUUAUGCCGAUGUUGAGAGCGAUUGGCUUAUGCAGCCUGGUGGUCCAAUUGCUCACAACUGUAAGACCUUGAUUGAACCUAGCAGGCUCAUUUUGCUUACUGCCCAGCGCUUUAUUCAGACUUUCUUGGGGAGUAAUUUCGUUGCUGUUCAUUUUCGCCGCCAUGGAUUUUUGAAGUUCUGCAAUGCUAAAAAGCCAAGUUGCUUUUACCCCACUCCUCAAGCUGCAGAUUGUAUAACUCGGAUUGUUGAAAGGGCCAAUGCACCAGUCAUAUACCUUUCAACAGAUGCAGCAGAAAGUGAAACUAGAUUGCUGCAGUCACUAGUUUUGGUGAAUGGGAAGACUAUACCACUUGUUAGGCGGCCUGCUCAUCAUUCAGCUGAGAAAUGGGAUUCUUUGCUGUAUAGACACCAUCUUGGGGGUGACACACAGGUGGAAGCUAUGUUGGAUAAGACAAUCUGUGCUUUGUCUAGUGUGUUCAUUGGAGCCUCUGGAUCCACCUUCACAGAGGAUAUCUUGCGGCUGCGCAAGAGUUGGGGAUCAGCAUCAGUGUGUGAUGAAUACCUCUGCCAAGGAGAAGAUCCCAACUUCAUUGCCAAAGAUGAAUAAUGAGUAUUGAAGAAAAUACAAAAUUCAACACAUUGGUAUAUUCUGAGAAUCUUUUUACUUUCUCAUAUCUUUGUUCAUUUGGCUCAGAAUUUUGUUGAAAAGUAAUGUAGUGAUAUAGUAGUGUAUGAUAAUAUCUUUCCUGCUUCCUUGUAUCAUAUUCGUUUACAAUUCCUGCCCUGUUUCAUGUGUAGCCAGUUCAUAUUGAUAAUUUUUAAACCUCCAUUGAAGCACAGCAGAAUAUUUGCUGGUUUCCAUUUUUUUUAA